CUUGCGGCCUCAGCCGGCACCCGUAGUCUGCGACGGCGGUGACGACAGCGCAGCAGGGACGGUCGUUAUAAUCCCAACCCCGACGACGACCAGGUCCCGGCAGGUCUCACCCGGGUUUUGGCUUUUAGAGCGAGUCGUAUUCCGUUCGGCGGGUCGGACUGUCGCGACGCCAUGGCUGCACAGAAAAUAAACGAAGCGCACGAGCACAUCGCCAAAGCCGAGAAAUGCUGUAUGCUUCAAGAACGCCAAACAGUUCGAGCAAGCGAAGGACGCCUACCUAAAGGAGGCAGAGUACCACACAGAAAACAAGACGUAUCCUUUUUCGUGCCCGUGUCUCCUCCGCGUGUCCGUGAGCCGCCACUGCCGAUGACUUUUAAUUUCCUCAACUCUUCCCGCAGACUCUUUCACGCGGCAAAGGCAAUUGAACAAGCAGGUAUGAUGAUGAAGGAGCAAAAGAAGAUGCCCGAGGCCAUCCAGUACAUCGAGAAAGCCUGUAUGAUGUACAUGGAGAACGGUACUCCAGACACCGCUGCCAUGGCCCUCGACAGAGCUGGAAAACUCAUAGAGCCUAUAAACCUGGAUAAAGCUGUGGACCUGUAUCAGAAGGCAGCUGGUGUGUUUGAGAAUGAAGAUCGUCUGCGCCAGGCAGCCGAAUUGCUGGGUAAAGCCUCUAGACUUCUGGUCAGGUUGAAAAGGCUUGAUGACGCAGCAGUUUCUCUUCAGAAAGAGAAGAACAUGUACAAAGAGAUUGAGAAUUAUCCCAUGUGCUUCAAGAAAACAACUGCCCAGGUGCUGAUUCAUCUUCACAGAGCGGAUUUCGUGGCAGCAGAUAAAUGUGUCAGAGAGAGUUACAGCCUCCCCGGUUACAGUGGAAGUGAAGACUGCGUUGCCAUGGAAACGCUCCUGCAGGGUUACGACGAGCAAGACGAGGACCAAGUGUACCGCGUGUGCAACUCCCCUUUACUGAAGUACAUGGACAACGACUAUGCCAAACUGUCCAUCUCGCUGAGGGUACCCGGAGGAGGGGGCAAGAAAAAGAAAGCCGCCGCGGCUCCUCAAGGUGGCGCCAGCGGAGCGCCCGCUCCUGCCGACGAGGACGACGACUACGAGGGAGGCCUGUGUUAGCCUUCACCCACCCGUCUCCUACUCCCUUACACCGGUGGACUCCAACCAUUUGCCGCUGAGGGUGGGGGGUGUAUGCAGGUUUUGGGGUUUCAUUCAGGCCAGUUAUAGCGUCGGCCGGAGGAGGACGAGGGGGGGGUAAUUGGUGAAAUCAUCGGGUGAAAUGUUGCGUAAAAAUUAAAACCUGUUUACACACGGCUCUCAAAGGCACGCGGUUGUAAAACCAGCAUGUCCCUCCCUACCCAGUGUGCUAAAUGGGUAAAAACCCCACACCCCUAAAAUACAUACAAGAGGCCACAGAUCCGUGUCCCCCCUGGUCUUCGUCGUUCCCC